AUGAACAACCCAGACCCAACCCAGUACGACCAACAGUACGGCUACGUACAAAGCCCAGCCCGUCUGACCAACUCUGAUAUCACUACACUUACUGCCUUCCCCACGAUCCAACACGCUUCUUCAGAAUACACUCCCGUGCCUGGUUACGAAAUCUACCGUUACCCUUACAACUACUACCUACAGACAGAUCAGCCAGCUAGUUCUGGAGCCAGUAGUGUGAUUGUUAGUCAAGUACCAAACCAAAUAUACAGUGAAUUCAACGGCAUCAACUUCAGAAACGACUACGCUCAGAUUGGACCUGAACAUGGCGUGGUUAAGGUCGAGGUGAAGAAUGAAAAGGAUGGUAAGGAGUGGUUGAAGUUAAAUUAGGUACAAGCUGACUAACAUAAGAAUACAUUGUGACAUUAGGAUUACCAUUUUAUAACUAAUAUUAAAAGAAAAUCAGAAAUUGAAUAAUAAUUAUUGUAGCAUCCGACCAUUCGUGUAGCUCAGCUCACAAUCCAAAUGAUCGAGCUUCUCCGAUGUCAGAUUCAAGCUUGUUGAACUUAACUGAUCACGAGCAAAGCAGUGAAACUCCUACCACUUCCACAGGCAAAAGAUGUAAGGUUUAAAUAUCGUUGUUUACUAUGACUGUCAUAUGACAGAGUUUUAAACAGCAGUUUUCGUGAUUUUUUGACAAAAUCUGGUCUCAUGUUUAAAGUUCUUGCUAAAAAGUAUAAUUUUUUAUUACUAAAAAGACAAAUUUAACUCAAAAAAACUAAAAUAAACUAAAUUUUGAAAUUUUAGCCAAAUUUUCUCAAGACCGUCGCAAGGCCGCGACCCUGCGAGAACGGCGUCGGUUACGCAAAGUAAACGAAGCCUUUGAGCUGGUGAAGCAACGAACUUGCACUAAUCCCAACCAACGACUGCCUAAGGUCGAGAUUCUACGCGGAUGCAUCGAAUACAUAAACAAAUUGGAAGGAAUGCUCCACGCCCAAGGCAAAAUGACCACGAUUAUGGCUAGAAACGCGGGAUUGCCGUUAGAUGGUAAGCGCUAAUAAUAAGCUUAAUACUGUAACUUUAUGACAAUAUGGCGUUUAAAAUUUAUUUUAUAGUUAAUGAUUCAAAAUUACAUUUUGGGCUUAAAACUAAGGUUUUAAAGCAAUAUUAUUCAUGAGAAAAGUUAAUAUUUUCUCUAAAAUCAUACUUUGAAAUUUGAUACCACAGCUUCUUAAUAGCUAAAAGCAUGCAAACGACUUUAAAAGUACAAGUUUACAAAGUUGUAAUGUACUGUAAAUUAAUUAAAACUUUUUUUGAAGAAUAAAUUUAAAAACAGCAUAAGAUAGCCGGAGGACAUUUUUUUGUUACCAAAAAUAAACUUUUUUGACGAUAAAAUUUUAGGCUCUUCUAAUUCCUUUUUUCUGACUGAUUCAUACGGCCAACAGCAGCAUAUUGAAUUAGAGCCCCACCAUGUUCACGAACAUGCUCAUUCACAUGCGCGGCCCAUGGAAGAAGCCCAAAAAUACGCAAAAACUCAAGUUAAACGGGUUUCCGAGGGUCCUGCUACGAAAUGUCCUAAGGCCAAAAAUACAAAGUAAGACAUUAUUUUAGUUGGGGUGGAUAAUGUUUUGAAAAUGAAGCGGGUAACAAAAAAAGAGCUACAAUUAAAUUUAAGGAAGUUUUUUUGCUAUUACAAAUGCAUAACUUUUAGUUAUAGGGGGUGACAAUCGAUAAAAUUUAAAAAAAAACUAUUUUAAAAAUGAUUUCAACAUUAAUUUUCUACUAUAAUAUAUCUUUUCAGACCACACGAAGUCCCAAUGACAAGCCAAUUGUUGAAUGAACCUACUUUGUCUUUGGCCAAACCUGAACAUAUACAAAAGAAGAAAGAGUAG